AUGUCAAAGGUCUUGGAGGUUUGUGUUGAUUCUUUGGAUAGCGCGACGGCCGCUGUUGCUGGUGGCGCUGGUCGCAUCGAGUUAUGCGCCUCUCUACUAGAGGGCGGGCUGACGCCGACUCCCGGUUUAUUGAUCCAGGUUCAAAAUUUGAGCGGGAAUAAAGUACCUAUAUACUGUAUGUUGCGAUGCCGCCCAGGCAAUUUCAUUUACAACCGUCAGGAACUGGAGGUGAUGGUCGAAGACGCGAAAAUUUUGAGAAAAUACGGCGCCAAUGGCUUCGUUUUUGGAGCCCUAGACGAGAAUGGCGCAGUCGAUAUGAAAAUGUGCAGGGAGAUCGUCAAGGCUUGCUAUCCAUGCCCAGUAACAUUCCACAGGGCGUUCGAUUUCUGCGAACGCCCUUCUAUAGAGAUAGAGGUGAUUAUCGACUUGGGUUUCGAGAGGGUGCUAACCAGCGGCAAGCAAUCGAAUGCCCAGCUUGGAGUGAAGCUGAUCAAAAAGCUGAUGGAACAGGUUGGCAGCAGGAUAAUCAUAAUGCCCGGCGGUGGUCUAAACAAGGAAAACUUCAAAUUCAUAAUGGAAAACACGGAAGCGAAAGAAUAUCACGGUUCUUUCAGAAAACUGAAAAGUACGAUCGAACAAGACGAUUGCAAUACAACCGAUGUAAAAAUUGGAGAGCACAGCGGACCUAUGCACGUUACCGACAAGGAGUACGUUGCAGAAAUUGUACAUAUGUUAACGAACUGUUGA